CUUGAAACAUCAGCUCAUUCAGCUCCUGGAGAGUAUAGUGGUGUGAAAGCAGCAAUAACAACAAGUUUACAAGAGGAGAAAUUCGAAAAUAUUGAUGAGAACACUAAAUGUGACCGAAAAUCACUUGAAUCAUCAGAUCAGGAGAAGAAGACUGAGUAUGAAUCUACGAGUCUUGUGUUUGAGAAUACAGAGAAGAACUGUUUUGAAUGUGAAAUAUGUGGAAAGACAUAUUCUGACCUAAGAAGCUGCCAGGCACACAUACGGGGUGUGCAUCUUGAAGCUCGCCAAAUGUGCAAGCACUGUGGUAAAAUGUUCAAGAGGCGUUGUGACUUGUACCAGCAUGAGAGAAGACACAGUGAGGCAAAUGUUCCUUGUAAGGUAUGCGGCAAGAAUUUCAAGCUUCGGAAGGACCUUGCUGCCCAUAUGGCCACACAUGUUGGAAGGAAGAAAUUCAGCUGCAAUGAUUGUGACAAGGAGCUCACAUCAUUGCGUAACCUAAAGAACCACAUUGCAAGUGUCCAUAAAAAGCAGAGAGCCUUUGAAUGUCACAUCUGCAAAAAAACCUAUUCCAAAGCAUGUUCCUUACAGGUUCACAUGAGAUCAGUUCAUACUGGAGAAAGGCCCUUCAAAUGUAAUGUAUGCAGUAAAAGAUUCUGUGACCCCGCUCUACUUAAACUCCAUCAUGCUGUCCACACUGGGGAGCGGAAAUAUUCUUGUACGCUAUGUGAUCGUCGCUUCAAUCAGUACAGCAACAUGAUCAGCCACCAGAGGGUACAUUCGAAUGAGCGACCUUUCACAUGUGUGAUAUGCAAGGAAAACUUUAAAACUAAGGAAGGCCUCUUGAAACAUAAGUGGGUGCACACAGGACUAAAGCCCCUGAAAUGCAGCCAUUGCUCCAAGGAAUUCCGCAUCAAGGAGAGUUAUGAAAGGCACAUGCUCAAGAGUCAUGGUGAGGUUGUUCAUCUUCCAAAGAUAUAUUUUGAGGUGCCUGAAGACAGCAAAGCUUCUGUCAGUACUAGUGCUAAGGUGAUAAGAAGUUUAGGAGAUUCAGAUAUUCAGGAAGUAGCAUCCAUCUCUUUGUCUGGUGAUUUAAGUGAAAAAACAGUUGAAAAGGAAGAAGACAUGACUGGUGACAUGAAUCAGGAUAUGGUUCCUGUGGUUCAGUUUGUGAGGGAAAUUGGACAAGAGGAAAGCCCAGCCAUUCAGUUAUCAGCUGACACUGCAAACCAUAUUGAGCUGAACUACCCUCUUUUGGCUUCAAAUGCAGAUCCAAGUGGAAAUGGUGCUGUAAUAAGCAGUUUGACUAACCAUAUUACUUCUGAGUCAGAUGUGUCACAGUCCAUUGAUGUGGAGUCCUUGUUACAGAAUGGUGUCAAUACAAGUGUUAGUAACUCAGUUGUGAUGGCCAAAGAAAAUCAGGCUGAAAUUUUAUCAACACAGCUUCAUGAGACUGUUAUGAUUAUUAAUGAGGCAUCUGAUAACAGCAAUGAAGUUUUAAGUGAUAGCAUUCACCAGUCAUCUGCUAUCAAAAUAUGGGUUCCCCGUGAUGAUCCUGUUGCUGGAGAUACACAGAAUGACUCAGGAAGUAGAACCAACAUUUUGAUAGUAUCAGAUGAGAGCUUCUCAGAUUCUGCACAAGCCCUUACAGUUUUAGGCUCUCAGGUGGUCUCUCCCCAUGUAGUUCAGACAAUGGUUCUAAAUAGAUCAAAGAAUCAAGUAUGUGAGAUCAAUGUAUCUGAAGAGCUACAGAGUUGAAUGUAUCUAACUAGUCAUAUUAAGUUCAGUAUCAAUGGAUUUCCUAUCUUUUAUAUUGUUACAGGGUAGUUUUUUGUUCACAGUAGAUAUUGUUAAAUAUUGUUUUUUGUAAGUGAAUAUAUGUGCAGAUUUUUUUGCUAUAUUUAUAUAAAUUUAUAGAUGUGCCACCCAAAGUGUCCUACAAAGAGACAAUACUAGACAUAUAUCACCCAUUAAAAUCAGCAGUUUGUAUUUGUGGGAAGUAGGCUGUGCAGAUGUUCCUAAAUAUACAAUGGACAGUAAUAAAGGUCCUCUCAGAUAAUAUUGUCAGAUGAACAACUAACUUCAAUACAUUUCUUUCAAAUCACGACAUAUAUGAAAGCAGUGUAGCAUUUUGAAUUUUGUUAAUUAAUGACACUUCCAGAGAAAUUCAUAUGUGGCAUGCCCUAAAAAACAUAUUCCAUUGAUGAAAUCAGCAAAGUACCAGCAGAGUACUACUAGACUUUUAUGAUUGUCCUGCAAUUUUAAGUACCAUUAGUACUUUAAAAUUGCCCUACACUUUUAAAUUUAUAUAUAUACUCUUUUUUUGUGACCAGUAACAUCAUCACCAUAAUCAUCAUCAUCAUCAUCAUCAUCAUCAUCAUUAUCAUCAUUAUCAUCAUCA